AUGGGAAAAAUUGGAAGCGUUAAAGUAUCCCAAACGACCAAAGACCUAGACCACAUCAAAUCCGACGUCGCGUCGUUUGCAUCCUCUCUCGGCUUCUCCUCUGCUCCCUCCUCAUCUGCCGGCUUCAAUGAUUCAGAUUUUCAUAAAACUGGUCCCCUUAAACCCCAUUCACGACCACCCAAAAAUUCGUACAUAGAUAAAACUAAGAUUCCACACGACAAAGAAAACAAAAACAUACCCAAAAAUAACAACAAACGGAGCAAUCCCAAAUUCGACGUUAAAUCUCCUCAAAUUCAGACCCCCAAUUUCAGCAACGGUGAUAGUAAAUUUAAGAAUCUCCCGAAGCUUCCGUUGCUGAAAGCCAGUGCAAUGAGUGUUUGGUACAAAGAUGCUGCCUUGCUGGAGGAGAAAGUGAUAGGGGAUAAUAAGAGAAUUGAGUUCAAAAGUGUGGAUGAAUGGAAGGGUUUGGUGGAGGAAAAGAAGAAUGUGGGCGAGCGUUUGAUGGCCCAGUAUGUCCGAGAGUACGAGUCAUCACGAGGCCAAAGCGGGGAUAUUAAGAUGCUCAUUGCCACACAGAGGUCAGGGACUGCUGCGGAUAAGGUGGGAGCAGCUCAACAAGGCAAUUGCCAGAGCCAAUUCUCAAGACAGGAAAUUGCAACUGAUUGUCAUUCUAACAAAUUAAGAAAAUGUCCAUCAGGGAACAAAUCUUAA